CUAAAAAGAGAGAGAAAAGUUCUUAGGGUUUCACUUUGGUUCCUAGCCGAGAAAUUUAAUCAAUAGAAAAUUGAUUUUUCAUUGAAAGGGACGAAUUUGAGUUCAUGGACCGCUUGCGUCCUCGGAACCGAGAGGUUUUUUCUGGAUUUACAAAUGCAGAGAUUGAGAAAAUGAAAAAUUUCUUGAAUGAACCUAAAGGAGUAACAUGGGGCAGAGAAUUUUACCAAAAACUGGCUGGAAGUUUCAAUCGUUCCACUGGUCGUGCAGGGAAGCCUGUGAUCAAAUGGACAGAGAUUGAAGGUUGGUUUCAGGCAAAGCUCCAAGACUUACCACAAGUCCCUAACAGUGAGUUGAUGGUUCCUAAAUGUAAGGAAGUAGAUGUUAUGCAAGAUCCAUCAGAGUUGGAAUUUGAAGCAAAAUCAUCAAAAGACGGGGCAUGGUAUGAUGUUGAGGCAUUUCUUGCUCACAGAUUUCUUAGCACAGGAGAAGCUGAAGUUCAUGUCAGAUUUGUUGGAUUUGGAGCUGAGGAAGAUGAGUGGAUCAAUAUUAAAAGUUCAGUCCGCCAACGCUCUAUCCCAUUGGAAAACACAGAGUGUUCGAACCUAAAUGUUGGAGACUCUGUCCUAUGCUUCCAGGAGAGGAGAGAUCAAGCAAUUUACUUUGAUGCUCAGAUUGUAGAGAUCCAAAGGAGAAUGCAUGAUAUUAGAGGUUGCAGGUGUCUCAUCUUAAUAAGAUAUGAUCAUGACAACAGUGAGGAAAGGGUUCGAUUGAGAAGACUUUGCCGCAGAGCAAAAUAUUAGGUGUAUUUGGAAUGAAUUAUUUUUGACGUCCCAGGUGAGUUUUCAAGCAUUCAUCCAAUAACCUGGGUGCAGUUGGAAGCAGCUUGCACUGGCACUUGACAUGAAGUUUUGGUGGAAAAAAACUAUUGGAAAUGGUUAAUAGUCAAUUAGAUCUUUUUGUGCUUAUAUUAGUAGAUUAGGGCAGUGGGCAGUCAAAAGACGAGUAAGAUUCAAUUAUGUGCACUUGGGGUGACUCAAUUGUUGAACAAUAUGUUUUUUGUUUUUCAUUAUGGUAAGAUAGGUAACUCUCAUUAUUAUUA